UCGUGCUUUGAACCCGAGUUGUUGGAUAUCCAAAUCGGGUGAUCAUCGAAGAUAAAUUAUUAUCUGUUUUUUAAAGAAUGGUCUGAGGGAAGGUUCAAGUUGAACCCUCCAUUAUUUCAGUAGAGAUGCGAUUUUUAGAUUUCACGUUACCCUCUGUUGACUUGCUCCUAUUUUAUGUACAGCUUACCUUUUUGGUGCAACAAGAGCUAAACGAUGUAAUAAUACAAGGCUGGUGCAUCUUCUUCUUUUUUUAUGCUUAUUUUAUGCAACGAUUUGGGGCUGCAUGCUUGGAUAUAAGUAAGCACAACAUCAAUGCAGCAAGUUGCAAAGUCAGCACCAAAUAUCAACCAAGAUCUUUAAACAUAAUCUGCAUGAAAGCCUUGUUUCUCAACUACUGCCUUUACCCUAAAUAAAAGAAGGCAGAUUUAUGUAUCACUCUGUAUGAAUGAAAAUACAAUUAUCCCAUCAAUCUUAUUUUAAUAUCUUCAACAUAAAAUGCAGCUGUAUAUAUGAGAAGCCUGCCUUUGCUUCAUAAGGAAGUGAAGGGGUCUGUAUAACAUCUUCUAGCAAGUGUAUCGACAUUCUUCCAGCAGCGAAAACAUGGGGUAUGAACAGAUCGUGCAAGGAGGCUUGACAACAAAGGCCAACCCUGGCAAAGCUACAAUUCUGGCUCUUGGCAAGGCAUUCCCUCACCAGCUAGUCAUGCAAGAGUUUCUGGUUGAUGGAUAUUUCAAAAACACCAAUUGUGAUGAUUUAGAGCUCAAGCAGAAGCUAACUCGACUCUGCAAAACAACGACUGUGAAAACUAGAUAUGUGGUCAUGUCAGAUGAGAUACUAAAAAAAUACCCUGAACUUGCCAUUGAAGGCCUCCCUACUGUCAAGCAGCGAUUAGAUAUCUGUAACGAUGCUGUCACACGGAUGGCUAUUGAUGCUUCACGGGCUUGCAUUAAGAAAUGGGGCAGACUUGUAUCUGAUAUAACUCACUUGGUCUAUGUCUCAUCGAGUGAAGCUAGGCUACCAGGUGGCGACCUCUACCUAGCAGAAGGUCUUGGGCUCAGCCCUGAAACACAGCGGGUUAUGCUAUACUUUGCAGGUUGCUCUGGAGGUGUCGCUGGCCUUCGCGUUGCCAAGGAUAUUGCUGAGAACAAUCCUGGAAGUAGAGUUUUACUGGCUACUUCUGAAACUACUGUUAUCGGUUUCAAACCACCAAGUGCAGAUAGACCGUAUGAUCUAGUCGGGGUCGCACUCUUUGGGGAUGGUGCUGGAGCUAUGAUAGUAGGCACAGAUCCAAUUCCGGUCACUGAAAGCCCUCUCUUUGAGCUUCAUACAGCAAUCCAGAAUUUCUUGCCAAACACUGAAAAGACUAUUGAUGGGAGGCUAACAGAGGAGGGUAUCAGCUUCAAGCUAUCAAGGGAGCUUCCUCAAAUAAUUGAAGAUAACAUCGAGGGAUUCUGUCAUAAGUUGAUAGGAAACGCCGGACUGACUGACAAGGAUUACAACAAGAUGUUUUGGGCAGUCCAUCCAGGCGGGCCCGCAAUCUUGAAUCGGAUGGAAAAGAGAUUUGAUUUGCUGCCUGACAAACUGAAUGCUAGCAGAAGAGCUCUAAUGGACUACGGCAAUGCUAGCAGCAACACCAUUGUGUAUGUGCUGGAGUACAUGAUAGAAGAAUGCAGGAAGAUGAAGGAAGGCUCUGAAAAUUGUGAUUGGGGCCUGAUACUGGCUUUCGGACCUGGAAUUACCUUUGAGGGUAUUCUUGCAAGAAACCUAGCUAUGUAAAAUAUGAUAUGAUGGUGCCUUAGUAUUAUAAUAACUUGGUUCUCCUA